ACACUCAAAAAAAGAGACGCAUCGAUCCGUUGCAUCGCUGUGUGGUGCACGAAUCGAAAAAGGUUGAUUUUUUGCCAUCCUUCAUCUUGUGUCUAUCUGUUUGUCUGUGUCGCCUGUCUUGCUCCUUGUGUCCCCCCUCUUCCCUCUCCCCCCUGUUUAUUUGCGUCGUCAUCUACCUACCACAAGAUCGACCAUCUUACCUUAGGUACUCACAAGAACAAACUGUUCCUGCAUGAUCAUAACCUUAUAGCAUUCGGGAUUCCAACGGUAUUCGCAUAUAGAUCGUGUUUCGAUUCGCCCGUCUUGGCCUUUGGUUACGUACGACCCAUCAAAUUCAAACCUUUCUCGUUGACAACCAAUAACAUCAAAACCUAAUUAGACACUCACACGAUCGGCACACUGAAACGAAUAUACCCUGGAUAGUACGUCAUUCGGCCGAAAGUCAGACCCGCAAGGCGAGCAUAAUGUUGUAUAUUUUAUUCAAGGAGGCCCUAACGGGUGCGAGCCGCGCGUUGGCGUCGCUAUUAUCUCUGGAAGAUCCCGCCGCCAUGCAGUACGAUAACUCGACUUUGACUAUCACCUCGGUGGGCACUCCGGACCCCUUCGUGACCGUGUUCCGUGGGCGCUACUAUCUUACCUUCACUGCUGGAAAUAGGGUUGAGAUAUGGUCUUCUCAGAGCCUGGCUGAUAUAGAAAGCUCUGCUUCUAGACAUGUAGUCUGGACACCACCUCAAGGUACCGAUCACUCUGCUGAUCUCUGGGCUCCUGAACUGCAUGCUCUACACGGUCGAUGGUAUGUCUACUAUGCUGCUGCUAACCCGGCCCACGGCAACAAAAGCCAUCGGAUGUAUGUUCUAGGUGGACCCCCGGCAUCUGAAGAUCCAUGCAUAGGACAAUGGGAAUUUCUAGGCCGUAUUCAUGAGAUGCCAGAUCAGUGGGCUAUCGAUGGGACUGUGUUUGAAUUGAAUGGUGACACGUAUUUCGCGUAUUCCGGCUGGCCGCUCGACAACCCGGAUGAAUCUUCCGAUUUGGUGCAACAACUCUUUAUCAUGAAGCUCGGGGACCCGACGAGUGCUGCUAGCGCUGCUAUUGUGAUAUCGAUCCCGCAGCACCCAUGGGAGAUCACGCACGAGGGUAAUGGCACAGACCAUGGUAUUAACGAGGGACCACAAUUUCUUCGCUCACCUGAUGGCGGUAUCUCAUGGCAAGGAUUGGUAUAUUCUUGUGCUGGUAGCUGGACUCACGAAUACAAGAUGGGAAUGUUGCAGUACAUCGGAGGGGACCCCCUUGACCCGGAAUCGUGGCGUAAAGGGGAGGAGCCACUUGUGCAAACGCGGAAGCAUGGCACAGGCCCCUUUGGUCCGGGACAUGGGUCGUUUGUUAAUGUCGCCGGCGAGAUCGUAGCUAUUUAUCAUGCGACCGAUAGUCCGACAGACGGGUGGGAAAACCGUAGAGCGCGGGCGCAGCGCGUCGCGUUCACUGAGGAGGGGCCGUAUAUGGGCCGUUCGUUCGGCCCCGAGAUGAAGACUCAACCAGAUGGAGGAGGUCUAGUACGCCGCUUGAAGCAGAGGUUAGCCAGGAGCGGUCGGGGAAAGCAGGAACUUUCUGGGGAGAAGAGUCUUAGGGUGCUGUUGGGGAGUCGAGCGAUCUAUAACUAGAUGGAUGACUUAAGUUACCUAGGUGCCUAACCGGCAGGGAACAGUUAGGGAUUAUAACAGGAAAAUAGAGGGAGUAGGGGGAGGACAGGCGUUAAAUUGAAUGAGAAUAAGUUUUGGGGUUGCCUUGCUCUAGGUUUGAAGUUGAGGUAUGUGUGAAGAGAUCAUUGAAUGAGUGAUUAUAGGGGAUUAUGAGGUAUGGAUGGUAGAUCGUGGUUCAUGAUCAAUGAUAUGAUCCUAGUAGCUUUGGUUUGAGAAUGCUCUUUCUCCUUCAUGGUCUAAUCCUCCUCUGCUUGCUUCAAUAUAUCUCCCUACCAUAUAAAAACGACUAGGCAGUAUAAUUAAGGUGCUUCGACAUAGGUCCUACGGAAUUAGGAACCAGUUGGUAAAUUGAACGAGCUUAUGAUGGGAAGGCCUUUCAAAUAGUC